AUGCCUGCCGGUGUUCCUAUGCGACAGUAUCUUACCUUUAUGGCCGCCUCCCUACUGUCGAUGUUCAUCGGCUCACAGGUGGUCCACAAUUACUACCAUCCCCUUCGUGACCUAAAUUACUACAUCGAGCGGGAAAUCAAAAGCCAGCGGUUGCGAGAAGUGCCUCAGCAGCCGGAAAAUGAAAGCCCGUGAUAUGCGGAAUAAAGGUACUAGUCCUUAAUCGAACUCGUGUCACAACAGGUGGUAGAGUAUAUAUUCAUGGUGUUUCAU